AUGCCUUAAUUCUUGUUGUAGAAGAAUCUGAAUAACAGUCUAGGUAUUGCCUCAGAAGUAAUAAAGUCAAUUUUUAAAAGAGUAAAUCUAAAGAUUGGUAUUAUUGAAGCUGAAAAGAAAGCUACGCCAUAUGCUGUUUUCUAUACAUAAGAGUAGUGCUUGCUGCUUUCGGACAUUUAUUUUCUGUAAAAAGAUUUGAGAAAAGAUGAUGUAUUCCUAGAUUAUGAAGAUGAGCCAUUUUUAGAUGUCAAAGAACAGCAUAUUUCUCAUUUUGUCUUGCUUAACAGUCCCAAUAAAAAUCAUGAAAAUGAUAUUUCCGAUCGUGGAGAACUGUAGCAAAUCAAGUUAGAUAUCAAAAUACCACCUAAAGAAGAGGACUAGGAAUAAAUUGAUGAAAUGAGGGUACAGCAUCAUAAGAGAAAACAAAAGAUUUUAGAGAACAUUCAGAAAAAUAAUUCUAAGCUCAGCAAAAGAGCGCUUAACUCGCAUAGAUAGCAAAUGCUUGGCCAAACUAUUUCAGACAAUCAGUUUACUGAAACAAAUAUGACAUUCGAUACGAAUGGCAAACCUUUGCAUAUAAAACUGAUAAAUGCGGCAAGUCUUAAACCAGCAAAGCUUGAUAUGCUUCCUAAUAGGCAGUAUAAUUUACAUUCUGAAUUUGGAAAUAAUCAGUUACUUAAAAAGCAUGCCUCCUCUUAAUCAAGAGAAAAGAAUUUGAAACCUUUAAACCACACUCCAAAGAAUAUAUUGGUAAGUUAACUACAAGAAGAAGAAAAUGAGAGCACAUAGGAGCAAUUAGCAAACAUAAAUGAAGUUCUCAAGCCAGAUUAUGGAGUGGUAGUUAAGAACAAGAUUGGCUAAACAGUGGCACAGGGGGAUGAUUAUCAUAAUAAGGAUUUUAAGAACAAAAGAAGGAUGAAUAUGUCAAUCUACAAGACAGGUCUCAGUAAUACAUAUUCUUUAAAUAUGAGCUCAUUGUAUUAAUCUACUCAAUCUUAGUAAGAUAGAAAUAUAAACAUUAAAGAUCAAGAUAGAACCCAUUUAGCAGAUGCUAAAAUCAUUUUACAAUAGGAUGAUUCAUUAACUAUGGAUAUUGAUCAGUCUAUUGUAAAGCUAAAUACAAACUAAGUUAACAGUUUAAAGAAUAGAUUUAGACAUAUAACUAGAAGCUAAAAAAGAAGACAGAUUUCAACUGAAUAAGGAUUUGGGUAGAUCAUGCUUAGUUAAACAUAAGAUCAUAACAUGCUGUUUGAAAGUUAAGCAAACUAUAAGUAACAGAAACAACUCCUGCAGGAAAUCCGCAAUAAUAAAAUCUCUCAUUUAGUAUAGAUGUUUAGGGUAAUCAUCAAACAAGCUUCUUAAAUACAGUAAAAAUCUCAAAUGAGUGCUAAUCAAGGUCAUAUUUUGGUAUACAACAAUAAUGCCUUGAAUACAACCUAAGAGUAAAAGGACUAAAAUGCCUUGGGAAGAAAUAGCAUUAAUUAAAGAUUUAACUUGAGCUUAAUUGACUCUAAUCAGUCAAGCACUAAGUAAAAGAUUGAAUAUUAUGGGUAGCAGAGCAUUAAAGCUGAGAAAGCAUUAAAAGCUUGA